AUGACAAUGAAAACGGAGAUUCAAUUGUGUGUUUGUGUUGCCCUGGCGGCAGUAUGCAUUGCCGGCGUAAGAUCAGCAGGUAGUUAUGGCGGAGGAAGUUAUGGAAGAGGUGUUUAUGGACGUACUGCAUCAUACGGCAGUGGAUCCAACAGAGGAUACAGCAAAGGAUACGGCGGAAGUGGAUACAGCGGUUACGGAAAAGGCGGUGGUUAUCGUCCUACUAGGCGUGGGGGCGGUACCUUGUAUUACCCUUAUUACUACCCGGUACCCUACUUUGUAGGUGGAAGACGACAAGGAGGAGGAAAUGGGAGAGUUACUCCAGCCAUAAUUGCAAGAACAGGAGGAAGGCGUAGAGGAGGUGGAGGUGGUGGAUUUGGAGGAGGUCUUUUCGGAGGUGGUGGAGGUGGAUUCGAAAGCGUUUUUAAUUUGAUCACCGGAAAUGAAUAUAAGGGAAGUAAUCAUGGUAAUGAUAUAUUAGGAGCACAUAAAGCACAGUCGUUGGGUAUACAUAUCAUAAAUAACGUAUCCACCCCAAACAUUGGACAAGGUAUAUCUUCUCGUCAGACACCUGAUAUUAUGAAGUACAGUACAGCCAUCAGUAACUAUAACCUCGAUCUUACUGGAAUAACUUUAUUGAUGUAUGAAGUAAAGGCAUGUAAAGAUACAUUUGUUCUUCUUUAG